AUGCCUGAUUUUGCAGCUGAUGAACCGUAAGUUGUCUUGUUUCUAUUUUUUGAAUUUUUUUUUGAGUUUUUUCCAAACUUUUUUUCAGAUUGGCCAAGCCCAAGGAUUUGUAUGAAAUUUUGGGAGUCCGAAAAGAAGCGACCGACGAACAGAUCAAGAAGGCGUAUCGGAAACUUGCGCUUCAAUAUCAUCCAGACAAAAAUCGAGAUGGAGAUCCGGAGAAGACUGAGAAAGUGAGUAUCUUCUGGUUUUAUGGUAUCCAAGUUUUAGUUCAAGGAAGUCAAUCAUGCAAAUUCGAUAUUGUCGAAUCCUUCGAAACGAAAAGUAUAUGACCAGUAUGGAGAUAUGGGACUCAAGCUGAUGGAUCAAGUGGGCGAAGAGACCAUGAAAUACGCGCUGAAUCCGUGGAUGAAAUGGCUCGUUCUUGGAGUCGCUAUCUUAACUUGUGGGUGUGGCUGCUGUUGUUGCUUCUGUUGUUGUUUCUGGUGAGUUAAUUAGCGAAUUAAAGCAUCAUCGUAUGUACUUUUAGUAAUUUUUGUUGCGGCAAAUUUCGUCCUGACCGUCCAGAGGGAGAGGUAAGUAUUCAGCAAGCUCUCGAUUUUAAAUUUACUUAUUUAGUUUGACACUGAUUCUACGACUCCCAAUGCGACUUCGGAACCAGUUUUUGUUCAACCUCAGAGGUCAGACGAGCCCAUUGUACUCGAAAUGCCUUCUGCAGAAAGUCGAACGGAGGAGAAAAAAGCACCUCCAUCGCCCGAAACAAAGAAAUAUGGGACCAUGGAAAAUACCGAGACAGUCUAA